AUGGAGAAUGUUGACGUAGACGAACACCACGCAGAGUAUGCCGGGCUUCUCUGGGUUGAUCGUUGUCGACCAACCACUUUCGAGGCCUGUGUCGUGCACAAGGAGUUAAACGAACGGCUUCGGCGCCUGUCCGAGUCGCCAGCACACCUGCCUCACCUGCUCUUCUACGGACCAGCAGGGUCGGGAAAGCGUACUCGAGUUCGUCUCCUACUUCGGGAACUUUACGGUAUCGCAGUCGAUCACAGUCACGUAGAGCACCGGCUUGUGCGCGUCGGUGAUCCUCCGCGCUCCCUGGAGUACACCACUGUGAGCUCCGCCUACCAUAUCGAGCUGAAUCCCAGUGACGUCGGAUAUAGUGACCGCCUCCUUGUACAGGCCGUGAUUAAAGAAAUCGCGGGCAGCAGGCCGCUGCUGAGUUCUGCGGAACAGGAUGCCAUGGUGGAAGGUGGUACUUCAACGGAAACAGCUUCCAAACGGCUUCCGUACAAGGUAGUGGUUCUGCACGACGUCGAUCGCCUCACACGGGAGGCACAACAGGCUCUAAGGCGUACGAUGGAAAAGUAUGCGCAAACGUGUCGUCUUGUGCUGAUUGCCGACUCGGCAACACGAGUGUUAGAACCUCUUCGUUCGCGCUGUCUGGGGAUUCGGGUGCGCGCACCCUCUGAAACUGAGUUGCGAACGGUGCUGAGGCAGGUAUGGCAGCGUAUGGUGCAUUCCGCGGAAUCGCCGCCCGAAGCGCUUCUUGAUCACGCCAUUCGGGCAAGUGAUGGCAACCUUCGCUCAGCCCUGCUGUCACUAGAGGCUUCCUACUGGACCAGCAAGGCGGGACGGAAGGGCUCGGCGCUCCCAGAGCCGGACUGGCGAAGCAUUUGUGAUGAAAUCGCUGACCAGAUCCGCAAGGAGCAAACGCCGCCGAGUUUAUUACGAGUCCGAGCCUUGUACUACGAUCUGUUGACGCACUGCAUCCCAGUCGACAUUAUUCUUUCCAUGGUUCUACGAAGGCUAUUGGAACGAGUGCCCGUUGCGCUAGGCCAGCAAUUGUGUUUCUGGGCUGCGGAGUACGAAUAUCGGGCGUGCAUGGGCAGCAAGGCCAUUCUGCACCUGGAAGCAUUCGCUGCGAAAUGCAUGGCACUCAUACGCAUGGCGCAGACAGCCGGUUGA